AUGCCCAAAGACAACAUAACCCAGGCCGCCGAGGUCGAAGCGGCCGACGUCGAGGACACCAAGACCGUCCUCCCGCCGACUGUAAUCGCCCACUACACGCCCGCAAACGAUGCCGAAAGGGCCUUGGACAAGCGUGUUAAUUGGAAGCUGGACUUUACCGUUUUGUUGAUUCUCGCCAUCAGCUUCAUCCUCUGCGGCAUCGACAAAACCAACGUCGGCUUCGUCGCGACCAGCUCGUUCAUCCGCGACGCCAACCUCCACCCAGACGACAUUCCCAAUUCACUAUCCCUCUUCUCAGCAACAUACGUCCCCCUCCAACCCCUCUCCUCCCUCCUCGGCCGCCGUCUCGGCCCGCACAUCUACCUCCCCACCCUCCUCCUAACCUGGGGCGCCCUCUGCAUGGCCCACGCCGCCAUCUCCUCCCCCGCCACCCUCAUCGCCCUCCGUUUACUCCUCGGCGCAGCCGAAUCCGGGUUCACACAAACCGCGUUUUAUUACAUGUCGCUUGUGUACCCAAAGUUUUCACUGGGUUUGAGGAUGGGGUUGUUCACGGGGAUGUACUCUGUUGCGGGGGCGUUUGCGGGGUUGGUGGCGUAUGGGUUGUUGAAGGUGGAAAAUGAAAGACUGAAGGGAUGGCAGGUGGUGUUUUUGGUGGAGGGGGGGGUUACGGUGGUUGUGGCGUUGGUUGGGUUUGCGGUGCUGCCGAGGGGGGUGGGCACGGCGUGGUUUUUGAGUACGGAGGAAAGGGAGCAUGCGGUAGGGAGGAUGGAAAGGGAUGAGGGGGGAGAACGAGAGGAGGAUGGCAAUGGGGUGACCUGGAGGGAUUUGGGGGAUGUGGUGCGGGAUUGGAGGAAGAUGCUGGUUAUUGUUUUUAAUAUUACUGCUGUUUUGCCCGUCACAGCCUUCACAACCUUCCUCCCCCUCAUCGUCCAAGGCAUGGACUACCAAGGCAUAACGGCAACCCUCAUGUCCGUCCCCCCCUUCGUCGUCGGCACCGUCGGCCUGAUCCUCAUCGUCUACGCCUCCGACCACUUCCGCGAACGCUCUCUCCUCACCAUCUUCGGCAUGCUUUUGGGUCUGAUCGGCUGCGCCGUCAUGGUCGCCUCGUCCGACCCCAAACUCCGCUACGGCUUCGCCCACGUUUGCUUGGCCGGUGUGUUUGCCAGUGGCCCGCUGGUGGCGGUUUGGUUGGCGGGGAAUACACCUGGCAAAGCGUCCAGGGCGUUUGUGCUGGGAUUGAAUGGGUAUUCGAAUUUGGCGGGGGUCAUUGCCGGGCAGUUGUUUAAGAGUGUGUAUGCGCCGAGUUAUAAGUAUCCGUUGACGGUGACUAUGAUUUUGAGUGCCGUGGGAAUGUUGGGGUUUUUGUUUGUCAGGGGGAUGUUGAUGUUGGAGAAUCGGAGACGGAGGAAGAUUGUCGCGGGGUGGACCGAGGAGGAUUAUAUUCGGGAGCAGGAGAGUACAGAACGCAGGGGAGAUCAGCGGUAUACUUGGGUUUAUGGGUAUUAG